UUGCGCCUGGUGGAACCAUGCUUUGUUAGAGUUGGAUCAUGGUUGUGAAGUUUAUGUCCUUUUUCGGGAUUAGUGGUAUUUUAUGUUUAGAGAGAUAAUAUUUCAUACACAAGCUAUUUGCCUUUAAAAGAAUAAAGCACUGAUUUCAGAAAAGCUCGUCUUAUCAGGAAAAUCGACGCCUGCAGUAAAAGGAUUCUCCUCUUCAACAUUUGAUGGUCUCGUCGAUGUGCAUGAACGUUUCAAUUUUUCAGGGAUAUCAGACCCAGAUCCAGAAUCGAGAGUUGACAAAUUGAUGUCGUGGGUUAUGAGAUUUCCUAUUUUUCUUUUCCUCUGGUUUUUCACAAGUUUACUAUGUCCCAGCACGAGUUGAAGUUAUGGUACAAAAUCUUUGAGAUUUUUGGCAAUCAGCGCUCUCGCGGCUGACAGCAGUAAUCACCGGUUGAAAUUUGCAAUUUGAGACUUGGCCAUCUUUAUUUAUAUCUCAGGAACCUAUUACCAUUUUUAAACUUUUAUUGUCUUGAAUGAAAUAUAAGCUUUCAAAGACUGUGGCUUGGAAGUUCAGAUCCGAGGAAUACAUGAACACUUUUAAAGAGAAAACGAUGAAAACAAAAAUUUUAAAAGUGAAUCCUAUUUUUUUAUUAAACAAAUGUUAUUUUUAACCUCUAUGAACUUUAAAAAUUAUAUUAUUUCAUAACAAUUACACUCGUUCUGAAAUAAUGGAGUCCACAUACAUCCCAAUGGAUGUUGAUGUUGAAGAAAAGGUGUUCACGAAUGUGGCACAUGACACUUUAAUUGUCAACAAAUCAGCAUUAGUGCCAGUCAUAAUAGAAGAGCUGGACGCGUCUGCUAUCAAUGAAAUGGACGUAGACAUGGGUGAAUUUAUUGAAGCCAAAGCUCUUAAAUAUCAAGCAAUCUUUGGAAAAGCAAAUAGAGGUUUGAGUCCUGUAGAGCCGCCGUCGGUAAAUGAGGACAAAGUUGAUACGACUGAUACAGAUAUUGUAGAAGAACAGGAGACUGAAACGAGCAGAGAGGAUCAGCUUACACAACAAUUUUUAAAUGGGGAACUUACUUUCACGGAAUACUCUUUGAAGAUGGAUAACAAUAGAGUCGUCUUCGAUGAGCUCACGGAUAAUACAACGGGUCGUAAGCGAAAGGAGCGGAAACCAGCUCGUCAAAGAAGGAAGCUUCCAGCUGCUUUGCUAGGUCUUAUGGGUGAAGCCAACUUGAGGUUUGCGAGAGGAGAAACGGAGUUAGCUGCACAAAUGUGUAUGGAAAUAAUAAGGCAAGUUCCGUGCGCCCCUGAACCGUUCCAAACACUCACGAUGAUUUACGAGAAUGAGCAGCCUGAGAAGUCUUUGCAGUUUGCCCUUAUAGCAGCGCAUCUUAGUCCUAAGGAUGCUGAUCAAUGGAUAAGACUAGCGAAUUUAUCAUUGGAAGCGAAAAAUAUUAAACAGGCAAUAACUUGUUAUUCUAAAGCGAUUCAAGCUAGUCCACGAGACAUGAGUUUGUAUGAAUCUCGAGCAAAGUUACAGGAGCAACAAGGUGACAAGAGAGCAUUUCUGAAAAAUUACACGAAACUGGUUCACCAAUUGGGAGCUGAGGACGGUAAAAGUAUCAUUAUGUUCGCCAAGAUGCUGGCAAAACGCUAUACACAAGAAAAGAAUUAUGAACAAGCUCUGGAUGCAAUGGAGCAGAUAUUCAACAAGUGUUCUGACCUUGUGACACUUGAAGAAGUAAACCUAAUGACAGAAUUGUUAAUCGAAAUGAAAAACUUUCACAGAUGCUUGGACAUCCUUACCAAGUAUACGAGUAUUUGGAUAAAGUACAAAGAAGACUGUCAUUCACCAGAAUUGAAGGAUGGAAAAUCAACAGAGUUGUUAUUGGGAACUAAAGAGAUCGAAGCUUGUGACAUACCUGAUGAUGUUGUAGUUGAGUUGAAGGUAAAAUUUUUAAUCAUCCUAGUUGAAAUAGAUGAAAUCGAAAUUGCGGAUCAACUUAUGUCUAAGCUCUGUGCUAAAGAGGACCCAGAAACGUGGGGAGAUUUGUUUUUGGAUAUUGCGGAAGCGCUCAUGAGGAAAGAGGAAUUUAGCCGUGCAUUAGUUCUUUUAGAGCCGUUAGUCAACAGUAAGAAUUAUAGUUUAGCUGCUGUUUGGUUGCGACACGCUGAAUGUUGGAAGGGAUGUAACGAUGCCAAGAGAGCUACGAGAUCCUACGAGAUUGUAAGAAAGUUACAACCGGCUCAUACAGGAGUUCGGCUAGAGUUAACAAAACUGUAUAAAUUAGGAGGUCAAUUUAAUAAGGCUAUAGAGAUUUUAAAGCAAAAUUCGGAAAGCGAAGAUUUGGAUCCAUCUGUUUUGUACGAGAGAACUUUACUUCUGUUCAAAGUUAGGAAGUAUGAUGAAUAUUUUAAAUCUGGAAUGCUCUUGUUUUCCAGACAUUGUGCGACUUUAAGAUCCAGAUCAGAAAUGACCGGACUAAGUAAGGCUACAAAUAUCCGUCAACGUCUCGAAGCCUUGCAACUUCACCGAUUAUCACGGGGAGAAACAAUUGAGGACGAGAAUACUCUAACAUUUGUUGCUAGUGAGGAACCUUCUUUAAAAAGUGAAUUCGCACUAUUGCUGCAAAUGUGUAAGCUUGCGCAUAAAUUAAAAAAAUUCGGACUUUGCCAAAGAAUAUGUUUCACUGCGCUAACCUCAAAGAGAUUUGAAAAAAAAAAUUCUCAUGUCAUGUUCUUGUGUUUAGUAUCAUGUAUACAUAAUGGUGAUUCUUAUCAUGGAUAUAAUAUCGUGCGAGAGCUCGUGCGUGUUCACCAAAAAGCUAAUUUUUGGAAUUUGUUGAAUAUCAUCAUUCAAAGAGCGGAGGAUUCAAGGCAUAACCGAUUUAUAAUGCGUUUGCUUGGCAGAGAAGAUGUUCUUUCUUAUCUUCACAUUUUACAUGCCAACAAUUGUUUAGUUUCUGGAACAUAUAAGUAUGCACUCAACGAUUAUAUAUCAUUGUUCAAAAUCGAACCAAAUUCGCUCCUUGCUCUUUUGGUCUCAGUUACUCUUCUGCAAAUGGCAUGCCAGAAAUUUUUUGCCAAGAAAAAUCAGCUAGUGGCACAAGCUUUGGCGUUCCUUAAGAAGUAUGCCCAAUUACGAGGAAAAGUGGGAGAGCAAGAAACUAACUUUAAUACAGCACGAGCAUUCCAUCAACUUGGACUAUUACCAGCUGCUGUAUACUAUUACAAACUCGUUCUUACUGUAGCUCCAUCGGAAAUAGUUAAGCAACAUCUUCAUCUUUUGGAUCUGAGGAAAGAAGCUGCAUUCAACUUGCAUCUUAUAUAUUUGAAUUCAGAAAAUUAUCAUUUGGCUAGGAUAUAUAUAGAUGACUAUGUUACAGUCUGAAGUCUGUUCAUUGCUUACUACUUUAUCAACUAAAAUGCGAUCAUAAAUCGAUGAUGUAAUCGUAUUAUAAGAAAAAAAUUAACUUUCAUGAAUAUUUUUCU